UUUACGAUAUUAUUGACGAAAAGCCACACAAAUAUCUUUAUUUGGACAAGUGUUCUUUCAAUUUAUGCAACUAACUAAUCCCAUGAUACUAAUUUGUUGGAAUUACAAACUCUAGUUUGUGCAUCAUAAUAAUUUCUUGUAACUCAAAGUAUACUAAUUCCACAAUUUAAUGUACAUAUAUCCUACACAUCCUGAACCAGUCUUAUAAAGCUAACAUUGAAAUCAUUUGUCUUUUAUAUAUAAUUAAUAUGACUUCCAAAACUUUCAAUCUUGGAGAAAACUCAGAAUCGAAUUCUGGAUCUUGGGCAAAAAUCUGCAUAAUUUUUUGCUGUCUUUUGGUCGUAAUAGUGGCGAUAACUGUUGCAGUCUACGCGUACAAAUCAAGUUUUGGUGGAUCCGGGUAUUGUGAAGUUCCAGUUUUGGAUGAGAAUGGGCUGAGCAAUUGGACCAAAGGAGCUGAGACGGUUGCAUUUGCAUGCUUUCCAGGAUUUUUUCUGGAAGGUCACGGAAAUAUGUUAAUGUCAACCUGUUCCAAUGGCAGUUGGUCACCGCAACCUCCAGCCUGUAACUUUCUGCCCUUACGAUUGGAUUGCGAAGUGAAUUUUCGUCAUCUCGUUGGGAACAUUUCCAUGUGGCAGAGUGCAGUGGAUGAGCCAGCCUUCGUUUACGGGCUUGUCGACUAUGAAGACGUUGAUCGCUCGAUGGGGCAUCUGAUGGACAUCGUGCACAUGUCAAAAGCAAAUUGUAUGAUUUCGGAUGAUGUGAUCAAUGUGAAAGAGUCGUAUCCUACUCCCGGUGGGGCCACUCUUAAAAUCGAGUUUAACAGCACCCAGCUUAAGGCAUACAACAAAGCUGAAAUCCAUAUCAAUUUGAUUUUCGUUGAUGCCAACACUACCGCGGCCCUGAUAUCUGUUCAUCAAGAUGAAAAAACUUUUGUCUUGCCAAACUCAACUCCAUUUUCGCGACUGCCUAGAGAUUUUGUCUCUAAAUAUGGGUUGGACAGCUACUAUUAAGUAAGUUGGAAAUCGAGUUAGUUUUAAGUGUCGUGUGGUCAUUAUAAAAAUUUGGACACAAAUAAGUAUUUUAUUGGUAAUAUUUAUUUUCAUGUGCACACAAAAAACAAGAAUUGUAUUGUUUCAUAAAUAGAUAAAUAAAAUAAGUAAUUCAACGGUAAACUAAAAUCAGAAAAGAUGAACAAAAUUAUUGGUGCAGCAUCUUUUUUCUAGCUCAAUAAUAACAAAUAAAGAAAUGAGAUUAC